CGAUGGCAGCACGCGCGGAGCCCGCACAGCCUGCACAGCCUCUUGAACCACUAUCUAACUAUAGCAACCGGAUGGAGUAUAACCAGAACACGGCUGCACCUACAGUCCUGCAUGUUGAAGUUAAAAGUAUUCAACCCGUCUCCCGUCUCAUCAUUAUUACCACGUCGUGCUGUCGUCAUUGAUCGCCAACAUGGCUCCAAACAUGCCUCUACUUGUGCAGCAGCUGCGCUUCUUGUUCUUCGUCUUCUGUCCAUAUCUCCCCCUGUACAACUGCUACUACUCCAAGCGCCCAGACGCACUUCAUCAGACCACUGGCACCUCAAGUCCAAGCCCAACAACUUGAUUUUGUAGAGCAAGACGCAGCGUCUCGCCUAUCUCAAACCUGCAGGAGCAGCAACAGCCAUGAAGCACCUCCAACUUACCCCCGGUGAGGGUGCCAAGCCUCUGAAAGACAGCACAACUGUCCCCGCCGCUCUGCCAGAAGCCAAAGAAACAAAACUGCACCCGGCAAACGCACCAGAUGCCUCGACGAACGCAUCCCUCUUCUUCGUCGGAACAGCAACCACAAUUCUAGAGUGGGAGGGCCUGCGCAUCCUUACUGACCCCAACUUCCUCCACGCGGGCGACCACGUCCAUCUCGGGCCCGGCGUCAGCGCAACGCGGAAAACCAACCCAGCCAUCGACAUUGAAGAGCUGCCGCAUAUUGACGCGAUCCUGCUUUCCCACUAUCAUGAGGACCACUUCGACAAGCUCGUCGAAGACAAACUAUCCCGCUCCAUCCCCAUCAUCACCACUCCGCACGCGCACAGCUGCCUUACCUCCAAAGGCGCCGACUCCUUCACCAACGUGCACGCGCUCGAUUUCUGGGACUCGCUGAUCGUCGACGUGAAACCCAGGACUCUCACUACAGACACCACGCCGUCGUUGAAGAUCACAGGUAUGCCCGGCAAACACAUCCCACCCGGUCCUCUGAACGUCGCCAACGAGAUCCUCGGCGCCGUGCCGCCGACAAACGGAUGGAUGAUCGAGCUAGGCUACUCGUCUCCCUCGUCCUCCAACGCCGACGAAUUCGCGUCCGGGUAUAGAGUGUACAUCACGGGCGAUACUUUAAUGGUCGACGAGCUGCGCGAGAUUCCCAAGCGCUACGAGGGGCUGGAUAUCGACCUCAUGCUGAUUCAUCUCGGGGGCACGACGAUCCCGGGGCCCAGUAUGCCGCUGCUCAUGGUAACGAUGGAUGCGAAGCAGGGCGUGGAGUUGAUGCAUUUGAUUGAUCCGGAUGUGACGAUUCCGAUUCAUUAUGAUGAUUAUGAUGUGUUCAUGAGUCCGCUGGAUGAUUUCAAGAAGAAGGUCGAGCAGGCGGGGUUGGGUGGGAAGGUGGUGUAUUUGGAUCGGAAGGAUCAGUACAAGUUUCUGGUUAAGCAGGAGGGGGAGAAGAAGGGGAUUAAGGAUCUGCCCACUGCAAGCUGAGAGUUGUUAGCGGGAGCACAAAUCUGGCUGUUUAGUUGGGCGUGCAGGUACAAAGAUUGUAUGCGUGAUACACCGAUUCGUGUUGUGCUUUGCGUGGUUCGUCAUGCCCGCCGUUACACCAUAACCAUUCAAAGUUGUGCUGCAGUCAACGCAAUGCCCGCACCCAGCAACUCACAAAGCCA